AUUGGCGCGAGAACUUGCCCCUAUUGUAGCCAUCUGUCUUUCUAUUGAAAUGAUAUGAGAAGUCAUCGCAAAAACAAGCUUUUAUUCCAGCCUGUUUACGGAUGAGGAUAGGUUUAUGAAAACGAAGAUGCUUAAAGUUCUCGUAAACCUGGUAUUUUUUCAAUUGUUAGUGAUUGCUAAGGCUGAUAAAUGUGAUCAACAACAGUUGACCAAAUAUGGCUUUUAUUUGAGGAACCACAAAUACGACGCGAAAAGAGUCACCAAUCUUCUGGAGUGUUUGAGGCUAUGUAACAUUGAUCCAAAGUGUCUAACUAUCAACUUCAGCUUGUUUGACAAGGAAUGCGAGUUCAAUGAUGAUAGUGGAAUGGAAUGGGAGUUGGUGGAGCUACCACACUCAAUCCACGGCAUUCUCAAAAAGGAAAAGAAAGCGUCUUCGUGCAACCAACUAAAGAAAUCCUACCCUCUUUUGAAGUCCGGUUAUUAUGACGUCAUCGUCAAUGGAAAAGAGAGGAAUGUGUACUGUGACAUGGACAACUUUGGUGGUGGAUGGAGUCUGGUGGUGUCGAUCAGUAAAUCAAGCCACGCCCAUUUACAAAGCUCCGAGAUAGAUUGCCAAGACGUUUUAAAGUGUGUGCCAUUUCCUGAAUCUCCCUUCCCGGCCAAGAAGCUUUCAGAUGAGGACAUCCGAGCAUUGGCGGGUGACGGUGAAGGAACCUUUCGUGUUGAUGUUGUUGACGGGCCCGCGACCAAUAAUAUUUCAGUUUUCUAUCAGAUUCCAUCUGGAGCUCAAAACUUUAACUCCUCCUGCAGUGGGGCUACAUGCUGGGGAACUGGUUGUGUUGAGGCUGAAUGCGCACGAAUAAUCAUUUCACAUUCGCAUCCUUAUGUGUGGGAGUCGAAUUGCAAGGGAAUCGACGUUGGAUAUUUAAUCGUUAACCUCCAGCAUAAAGUUUUCGAUGGUCACGACAAUGCUGAAUGUGGCUCUACCUGGUAUUCUUCUAAAUAUACACAUUAUGGUGUGCGAGCCCUUUAUGGCUACACCACGCCUGGCAUCCACAGGGAGAGAGAAGGUGUCCUGUUCGUAAAGUGAACAAUUAGACUAGACUGGCUAAGAGUGGGGUACUAAAAUAGUAUAAUUGUUAUAUACAUAUCAUAUAAGAGAGUCUUGAGACCCCGAAACAAAAUCACCCCAGGUUCCACACUCAAUAGCGCAUUAGCAGUCUCGAAACAGAGAAGGAUUGAACUAUCACACCUUAUAAACAAGUUCAUGAAAGGACAAGUUCUGUCCCACUGUAGAGGUAGAGUUUCAUUUUUUUAUGCACUGCAGGAAACUCUUAGCAGAUGGAGGGCAAAUUUUCUCUUUAAUAUUUGACUUUUUUCUUGCAUGCAUGCUUACUGAAUUAGCUCCCACACAUUCUUGCUCUUAUAAUUUAAGCUUCGGAAUUUAUCCGCACUUUGCUACGAGUAGCAUUGUUUCCAAUGUCUCCAUGAAUAAAAUUUCUAGCCUAAACGUCGUCUGCCAAGAGGAGGAAUCAGUUUUUUAAAUGUCUAUAAGCAAAAUCACCCAAGGAGGACUAAAGGGCCCCUUUUCCAUAAUUGGUUUCUGGGUCCACUGGUAGUCCCCAUGCAAUCAAUCAGAUGGGCAUAGAGUUUAAACGAACGGACUUUGAAGCGAAACCUUUCACUCAGAUAGCUAUUUAUCGAAUAUGGCUCGAUUUAUUAUAGCCAAAAAGGCAGGAAUUACGUUAAAUCAUAGUCUUAACCAUCACCACCUUCAAAGAAUUCAACUUCGGUCGCCAUGUUUGUUUUUGACAUAGUUUGGAAAACCGCUGAAAAUAAUUCGCGGGCUUUUCCCCUAAAACGCCGUUUUGAUUGGCCAAGAAAUGUGAUGUUAGAAGAGUUAUGAUUGGCUAUGGGUUACGCUUGAGUCGACGAUUUGUGAUUAGUGACACAACCCCGCUAACCGCAAAAAGUCCUGAAUAGCUUCGCAAUCCACGACUUAAAAAUGGAAGGGAGACUGUUGUUUGAGUCCAUGGUUGUAUUAUUAACUUUUUGCGUGUUUCAUACAAGCAAUGUACUUAUUUCUGCCUUGUAAAGUUAAUAAAAUAUUUGUAUCAGCA